AAGGCCCAGAUGUACAAUUCAGGGCUGUGCCGAGGUUUCAUUAUUACAAUUUACAGAAAUCAAAUGUCAUCUAAAGAAAGCAGAUACCGUUUUUCCCAAUUGAACAUCGUUUGUCAAAGUUCAGUAAUACAAGAACACCAUGAUUAGCAUUCUUGCCCAGGAGCGUCUACUUGGAGCUGCAAUGGGGAGUGCUUUAGCUGGUUUUCUUGUUUUUGAGCAAAGGAAGCGUAUCUAUGAAUCCAUUUCUGAUUACCCUUCUCAAUCAGAUAUCCAUCAGUUGAAGGAGCCUAUAUUUGGAAAGCAAUUCCGUUCACAAUUUGCACUUCUGUGGAACAAAGCUGUGGACGAGACAUUUAGACCUGUGGUUGCUUCUCUUAAUUCACGUCGGCAGUAAAGAUUUUUUAGUAGUUCCAUAUUGUAUAAGUAUCUCUGUCAAUUUUCUCUGGGAUAUGUACAUGCAACAGCAUGCCUACACUUGUUCUGUUCACAAAAUUUAUAUCAUUUAUAUGAGACAGGUUUCACCGAACAGUGAUCUAAAAUUUAAUAACACUCUACCUUCUGUUA